AACCAAUCCUGGUCCUGGAUAGUAUUUCUGGAAACAGUCAACUCUUGACUUUACCUCUGACCGUGUUAUCUCCGGCGUUUGCCUCUAAGCAAGUCGCAUUUUUAGACGUAUCUGAGUCUACAUUUUUCCCUGACCAUCAGCUCUGGGACACAUUCAACAGACUCGACGUAAGUCGUCGUCUUUGGAGGAUGUCAGAAUUCGACAGCAACCCGUUCGCGGACCCGCAGUUGAACAGCCCGUUUCAGGAUCCAUCAGUGACACAAGUGAGACAGACGGCUCCUGCAGGGUUAGAGGAGUACAAUCCCUUCACAGAUGACAAAUCAACGCCUGCGGGGACGGCGCCCAGGACCACGGCCCCGAUGGCCGGCCCACAACCCGCCAUCAUGAAACCCACAGAGGAGCCCCCGGCCUACACACAGCCUCAGACACAGGAGCCAUCGCGAGCGGCCGCCGAGCUGCUGAGGAGGCAGGAGGAGCUGGAGCGGAAGGCCGCUGAGCUGGACCGCCGCGAGAGAGAGAUGCAGUCUCUGAGCGCCUCCGGAGGUCAGAGUGCGCCGCUAAACACCAGGAGAGCAGACUGGGAGCAGGAGGCUGCUAUCUUUGCAAAUGAGCCAGAUAUCCGAGAUAUCCACGCUAACCGCACGCUAACUCUGACCGCUCCAGGCAGGAAAAACAACUGGCCUCCGCUCCCAGAGAACUUCCCCGUGGGUCCAUGCUUCUACCACGACAUCACGGUGGACAUCCCCGUGGAGUUUCAGAAGAUGUUGUUUUUUAUUAUCUCUGUUCCUCACCCCCCCCCCCCCCUCUCAGUUCACACGGGGACGCUGCUGGCCAACAUGCUGGGCUGCCUGGCCUGGUUCUGCGUGGACGCCACCCGCGGCGUGGACUUUGGCCUGUCCAUCCUCUGGCUCCUGCUCUUCACGCCGUGCUCCUUCGUCUGCUGGUACAGGCCGCUGUACGGCGCGUUCAGGAGCGACAGCUCCUUCAGGUUCUUCAUUUUCUUCUUCAUCUACAUCUGCCAGUUCGGUAUCUACGUCAUCCAGUGUAUUGGAAUCUCCGGUUGGGGAGCAAGCGGGUGGAUCUCAGCUUUGACCGGCCUGAACAAAAGCAUCCCCGUGGGCAUAAUAAUGAUCCUCAUCGCCGCUCUCUUCACCUCACUGGCUGUGAUGUCCCUCAUCAUGUUCAAAAAGAUCCACGCGCUGUACCGCACCACCGGCGCCAGCUUCGAGAAGGCCCAGCAGGAGUUCGCCACCGGCGUUAUGACCAACAAAACGGUCCAGACGGCGGCGGCCAACGCCGCCACCAGAGCCGCGCAGGGGGGCUUCAAGGAGCAGAUCUGAUGAACCCAGAGAGCUCCUGCCCUUCUCCCUGGUGACCCCCCCCGCACCCCCCAGCCCCCCACCCCAACCCAACCCAACGAG